AUGCGGCAAUCUAGCGACCAGCAACAAUCAGCGGAACAGUCAACUUUCGCCACCACUGCCACUGGCGAGUUCAUAUGCACCGACCCUGAAUGCAAAACUAAGCCUGUCUUUAAGCGAAAAUGCGAUCUAACCAAGCACCAAAACAACCACCGCCGACCCCGCAAAUGUCCCAUUGAAGGCUGCACCUACGGCGGCGCAGAACAAAAAGAUCUCAACCGUCAUUUGUGGUCGUAUCACCCGGUGUAUUCCCGAGAAAAGAAUAUUCCAAAGGAAGAAACGAUGUGCGAUUUCCCAGGUUGCGACUACAAGGGGAGAAAGGACAAUGUGCGGAGGCACAAGGAUACCGUCGGUCACCAUCGGGAACAGCCUUGA